AAACACACAUGGAUGAUUCCUGGAAUCGCAGCGGCAGCGCCAACCGCCAAGCCGUAGCCGGCAAGCCCAGCGCCGGCCUUCUAUAUAGCCUCGCCGCCCUCGCCGGGGCGAUGCCAAAGCCCCCCUCUCCCCCACCCACCCCCUUCCCCUUCUCGCACUUUCUUCCACGCGCGCCCUUGCCCCCUCGAGCGCCGCCCUCGACGAGAAGCACGCAAGGUGUUCGACCGAUUGCCCGGCCCCCACCCCGCCAGCUCGGUCGUUCGGCGAGGAGGGGAUGGCCGACGGGAAGGGCAAGGGUAUCAUCCGGUACUGGAUCGACGACCCGGCGCGCGAGAGCGUCGGGAGCACGUCGACCAGGGCGGCGGGCACGUCCGGCGGCGGCUCCGCCUCCACGAGCGCGUCCGGGGGCUCACCCGUCCAAAGCUUUGGAGUUUUUCUGACUUCUGAGCCCAUUUCUUGGUUUGCUGCAGACAACCCCGGCCUGAACGCCUGGUGCUCCACCGCCCCGGCGGCCGCCAACCAGUCGCACACCCACCAGGUGGAGCAGCAGCCCGCAGCGCACCAUGGGGGAGCACUCGUCGUCCACGACUCGCCGCCCCAUAGUAUGGGGGGCGCGUCGGCCAUGGAUUCGUGGUCCCAGACCAGGGUGGAGACGUAUACCACGUGGACGUAUGGCUCUGGCAGCGAGGACGGCAGCAGCGCUGCCUCCACGAUCGAGUCCGAGCGAUCGCCCAACCAAGCCAACCGGUUGCAGAACGAACGCCGGAACGCCUGGCUCUCCGCCCUGGUCGCCCGGUCGGACACGGACAGCAGCCCGCCCCGCACCACGGGGGAGCAGCGACGUACGGCGGCGAGGACGCCGGCAGCUCCACCUCCAGGACCCCGCGCGUCCGACUCCGAGCCAACCCCGGCCAGAAGUCCAGAACGCGUCGCGCGCCGCCCCGGUCGCCGCCGACGAGCCGCGCGUCCGCCCGGUGGUACUGCAGCGCGGCGUCGUGCUCGGAGGCAGCAGCAAUCCCCGUCAGGACCUCCCGGGGCAGGCGCCGCCUCCGCCCGAGGUGUGCCCGAGGUGCCGCAACUCCGUCUUCUACAACAACGUCUGCGUGUGCUGCGGCAUGGCGGCCGGAGGGUGGCCCGCCGCCCAGCUCGGGCUUCCCGUCGGCCUCCAGCGGACACCGCCGCAGGUGGCGCCCCUCGGCUGUUGGGAUCUUAGCUUAGCUUGUUUGUUAGAUGCCCAAACAAAAAAGCAUGAACCGUAUAAAAAUAGCAAUGAGAGUAGGCGCUUAAUUCUCUAGUAAUAACUAGAAAAUUCAACCCUUUACACUGUGGAGA